AUGGAGGUUCUACUUGAACAUUCCAUCACGCCCGACUUACGGGUUGCACGGGUUUUUGACGCAUGCAGCGGCAUACCAGCAGAAGCGCAUCCUGGACGUGCUUCUGCAAAGUUGGCGGCGGAUCCACAGCAUGCCUCCCGACUCCUGUCUCAUAAUGCGAAGGUCCCAAUCAAUCGUCUUCCUGGCGAGCUAUUGUUAGAAAUUUUCUACGUCCACAAGCUAUCUUCAGCCCUCCGUAUCGGGUUGACGCACGUCUGUCAUCAUUGGCGCGAGCUUGCGCUUACAAGCCCGCUCCUCUGGACCGCAAUAUGCUUGGAGGAUAGAGUCGAAUUUGUCGAUGCUUGCCUCCGACGCUCUGCGGUCGCCCCUCUGACGAUCGUGUCUCGUUGCUACAUAGAGGACGAGCUCGCCCUCAUGAAGUUCAUCGCGCCGCACAUCGGUCGAAUACGCGCUUUGGACUUGCGGUCACUAUCCACCUCUGCUGCUGAGGCGCUCAUGCGUCAGUCACGCGGCUCUAAGGGUUUAGUGGAGAGCGUCACCUUGCACGUUCAUCCUGGAUGCCGCUCGUUAACCACUCCCACAUUCGUCCUUGCGAGAAACUCUACACGCCAACUUCGCUCUCUCUCUUUGGGUGGCAUCGCGAUCGCUGCGCCAUCUUCGCCGCUGACGGCGCUGACGCGACUGGAUCUUACAGACACAUUCCUCGCAUCUACCGCAACGAUUGACGACAUCCUCGAUCUACUGGAGAAUUGCCCACGUCUGGAGACUCUGUCCAUCAAUGAGAGGUGUCGACGCUUCCCAGUGAAGUCCAAAAGCGCCGAUCGAAGAGUCUCGAUAUCCAAUUUGCGUCAUAUGCGGCUAGCAGCUCACACGGCCUUGAUCUCCGGCCUCCUUAGCUGCAUCAUACUGCCUUCAGACACCACCCUAGAAAUAAAAUGUCUAAUCAGCACUCACGGAGUAUCUCCCGCCUCCAUCAGGACCGUCCUCCCGGACGGACUUGGUGGCCUGGGCAACCUCGCGGCCAUUCGCUCUCUACACGUCUUCGUCUCAUCCAAUAUCUUCCGCAUCAGAGCGUACGACAUGGUUGGGUCGGCUGCAAUCAAGAAGCUCGAUAUGGAUUUCGACAACGAUCCGCCGGCCGACAUGUCCAGCAUGCUCCCCCAAGCCCUUGUCGAGCUCGCACGGAGCUUUACCUCGCGUGGAGUGCGGGAUCUACAAAUCGUCGGUGAUUAUGGUCUGCUGAUAGAAGGCGUCUGGCGAGAGGUGUUCGCCCACCUCCCAUACAUCCAGCACAUCGAGAUCGGAUCGCGUGGUACGGUCAACAAGCUCUUUGCAGCCCUUCUUGCACCCUCGUCCGCCGAUGCUACAGAUCCGUCUUUCUGUAGGGAUCUGAGAAGGAUAUACAUUCGAGGAGCUCAGCUCGAUGUCGAUUCCGCGGCUCGCAUGUCCACCCUGGUUGCAAAUCGCUCACUGCAGAACCGUCGGCUGGACACGCUCGCCCUCUCCUGUUAUCAGAGAGUCCGUUGGUUCCUUCAUUUUCAAAUGAUGGUGAAAAGAAGUCGUCUUUGGGUUUCUAGAUUCCAGUUCAGGGAAGACUGGAUUUUUAUGGUACGUUGUACAAAUCGCUGCCCGAUUUCGUCAGUUUGGUCAUAUCGGUGA